UCCCUCACAGAACCAGAACCAGAACCAUCUAGACUAACAUCAAACCACCUUGUUCCCAUAGGUCACAGAAGCCCUGAACCCCACCGACCUCCGCAUCCGAAACGAUUCACACAAACAUGCCCAUCACCAAGCCAUGGUGGGUGUGACGUCGAGAGAGACGCAUUUCUAUCUAGACAUCAUCUCCCCCUCAUUCGCAUCCAAAUCCCAACCCGCACGACAUCGAAUGGUCUAUUCUCUCCUGAAAGAAGAACUCGAGCGACCGGGCGGGAUCCACGCGUUGCAAUUGCGGACAAAGACGCCCGAGGAGGAAGAGAGGGAAAAAUCGAGGAAAUCGGAUUAG